CCAUCCUCCCUCCUACCUCCACCACAAUCAUGGGCAUCCUCGACAUCGUACCUGCUGGCGUCAUCACCGGCGAGAACGUCCGCAAAGUCUUUGACUAUGCGAAGGAGCACAAGUUUGCCAUCCCCGCAUUCAACGUAACCUCCUCCUCUACUGCAAACGCUGUUCUCGAGGCCGCAAGAGACAUCAAGUCCCCGAUUAUCAUCCAGGUCUCCCAGGGCGGUGCUGCCUACUUCGCCGGCAAAGGUCUCGCAAACGACAAGCAGCAGGCGUCCAUCCGUGGCGCUGUCGCUGCUGCCCACCAUGUCCGCAUCGUCGCGAAGGACUACGGCAUCCCCGUUAUCAUGCACUCCGACCAUUGCGCGAAGAAGCUCCUUCCCUGGUUCGACGGCAUGCUCGAGGCCGACGAGGACCACUACAAGGUCCACCAAGAACCCCUCUUCUCCUCCCACAUGCUCGAUCUCUCCGAGGAGAGCAAGGAGGAGAACAUCGCGACCUGCGUGAAGUACUUCAAGCGCAUGGCGCCCAUGGGCAUCUGGCUCGAGAUGGAGAUCGGCAUCACCGGUGGUGAGGAGGAUGGUGUCGACAACACGGGCGUCGACAACAGCAGCCUGUACACGCAGCCGGAGGACAUCUUCGACGUGUACAGCGCGCUCUCCGCGAUCAGCCCGAACUUCAGCAUCGCCGCUGCCUUCGGCAACGUGCACGGUGUGUACAAGCCCGGCAACGUGAAGCUCCGGCCCGACAUCCUCGGCAAGCACCAGGCGUACGCCGCGGAGAAGCUCGGUGGCAAGGUUGAGAAGCCUUUGUACCUCGUCUUCCACGGUGGCUCUGGCUCAUCGAAGGACGAGAUCAAGACGGCGGUCGUCAACGGUGUCGUCAAGAUGAACGUCGAUACCGACACCCAGUUCGCCUACCUCAAGGGCAUCCGCGACUUCGUCCUCAACAAGAAGGACUACCUGAUGACCCAGGUCGGCAACCCUGAGGGCCCGGAUAAGCCCAACAAGAAGCUCUACGACCCGCGUGUCUGGGUCCGCGAGGGCGAGAAGACCAUGAGCGAGCGUGUCAAGGAGGCAUGCACGGAUCUUGGCAACGUCAACCGCCUGUAAGCGGGUAGCGCAUCCGUUCACUUUCGUGUAGCGCGCCUCUUUACAGGUGGGUAUACCCCGCCGACGACACGAACUAUCUUGUAUCACCACCACACCAUCUAGAGUAGCGUAGGACGUG